AACAAGGGUUCAAUAAGUUUACGCUGUUAUCUACCGAGAUCUUUACGUUGACCGCGAUAUUUUAUAGUAUAAACCCUGAAUUAGUGGAAAUAUUAGUGUGGUGUAAAGAUCAACGAGUGUGAAUUUAAAGAUCUGUUUUUUGUAUAACCUCAUAUCGAUAGCUAUGUUCCUUGUAUUUGUUAUAAAAUUCGUCCGAUCGCGAUAAAUGAAAGUGUUGUUUAUAUUCAACAAAAUUCACGGUGCGUUACGCGUUGUGGGUGUGUGUGCGAAACAGUUUCGAUCAAUUAUGUGAUAUAAAUCAAACAAUGUGUUUGAAUUUGUGCGAUAUAAUUAUUCAGAAGUGUAUUUGUGGUGUGAUACGGAUGGUGUGGUAGGCUUGCCAUGUCCAGACUCGUCGACUACUUCGUGAUUGUGGGCUUCGACCACGAAAAAGAAAGGGGCGGUCUGAGCAACGGCAUCAUCCUCCAACGAUUUCCGGAAACCAACUGGGACGACACACCCUUCCACGACGGUAUAGAAUGGUUCUGCCAGCCGCAAGGAUGGGCGCUGUCGACGGAGCGCACGGAGCCGCGCUUCUACGUGUCCGUGCUGACGGACGUAGACGCGAACCGGCACUACUGCGCGUGCCUCUGCUUCAACGAGACGGUCGCCAUCACGCCCACAAAGCCGGCAGACGAGGACGAGGAAUCUUUAGAGUCAACGCGUACGGUAGCGAACAUAACACACCACAGCAUAAUGUAUGCGCCGAAGUGCCUUGUGAUUGUGUCGCGGCAAGACUACAUAGAUACGUUUCGGAACUGCCUCGGCAUAAUCUACACAGUAUGGGUAGAGAACCUUGGCGUCCCCCUCGAGACGCUAGUUGGCAACCUGGUCGGUUGCGUCCUGGUCCCCCCUCCUGGUGGGCCACAGGUUCGCUUCAGUAUAGGCGCCGGGGACCGGCAGGCGUUGCAACCCCCCGCGGCUCCCCCCAUGCCGGUCACGCACACAUCCGUGUAUAUGUUACUUAGGUUGUUAGGUAUCCACAAUUCGGUAACGCUCUGGUGCGCCGUGAUGAGCGAGCACAAAGUACUCCUAGUAUCGUUAGCAGCGGCUCGUCUGUCCGCCGUGUGUCGAGCGCUAGCUGCCCUCAUGUUCCCGUUCCGAUACGCGCACGUAUACAUACCGCUACUCCCCGCGGGGUUAGCUGAGGUGUUGGCCACGCCCACACCGUUCUUGAUAGGUGUACACUCGAGUUUGAAAGAGGAGGUCUCGGAAUUGCUAGACGUGAUAAUAGCGGACCUCGACACCGGCUCCCUGCACAUACCCCCCAGCGUGAACAUCCCCCGACCGGAGGGCAAACUCCUAUCCUCCCUCCAGGACUCGUUAGCACUGGUGCUGCAGCCGGAGCUGCGGUCCGCGGACUCGGCCUUUGCCCCACCGCCGCCGGCCGCUUCGCCCCCUCAUAUGUUGGAUAAGGAGAUCAGGGCGGUGUUUAUGAGGACGCUAGCGAAAUUGUUGCAGGGAUAUAGACACUGUCUGACCAUAAUUCGAAUCCAUCCAUCGCCAGUACUGACCUUCCACAAGGCCGGUUUCCUCGGAGCCCGGGGUCUCUCCCAGUGCCCAUUUGCAGAACGGCUCCUAGAUUCCAUGUUCUUUAACGGGCUGGUGGCUGAAAGAGGACCGCCCUGGAGGCCUACGGAUAUAUGGGAUGAGCUCGUACAAAACCUUCCAGAACAAUUGAGAUUAGAAGCGCUAAAUCCUGAAUUAGAGUUACAGCACAUACAAGAGUUGGCAAUGCAGCUACAUUACAACGAAAAUCCCAAUCCACAGGUGUUCCAACAGCGAAUCCUGCGGCCGCCAGAGGGCGCUGCGGCUCGUAUCCACCAACCGCCAUUACCGCCGCUAUCCGCUAUCAGAGUGCAGCAAGUUAUUGAUGAGCUAUCGGCGAGGAAUAAUAAUGCUGAUAAAUUACAAGCGAUCCGAAUGCCAGCACCUCGAAUCAUUCCGCCCGCGGCGCCGCCCACCGGAGCGGUGGAACAUACGCAGUUGUUGUUAACUAAUUCAGCUAGGAGGUUAGAGGUGUUGCGCGCGUGUAUAGCAGCGAUAUUCGAGUGCCGUUACGCGGACGCGCGCAAGUCGUUCCCCGCGGUGUUACGUGCGCUACGGGCUCCCGCAGCACGGGCGGCACUUGUAAGGGAUCUGGCGCAGAGGUUACCAACAAACAAGCAUAUACUGCAUCAUCACCAGUUUGAUCUUAUUGUUAGGCUAUUAAACUGCGCCCUCCAAUCAGCGACGGCGCUCGACGAGCAUUCCAUAGCGGCGGCCAUAUUGCCCCUAGCAACUGCGUACUGCCGCAAACUAUGCACCGGAGUAAUACAAUACGCAUACAUGUGUAUACAGGAGCACGCGGUGUGGACGAGCCAGCAGUUCUGGGAAGCGGCGUUCUACCAAGAUGUACAGAAAGAUAUCAAGGCGUUGUACUUGCCGAGUCCUACGCAUCAUCAGAAAGUACCAAGCCCAAGAGAAGACGAGGAAUACAUAUCAUUAUUGAAGGCGCAAGAGCCUAGCGCUUUAGAAAUAGCCGCAGAGCAGAUGCGAAUGUGGCCCACAUUAGCUACCGAGAAACAAGCGGAGUUGAUAGCGAGCGAAGAGUCUACACUAUACAGUCAAGCGAUACACUACGCGAACAGGAUGGUGUAUCUGCUGCUGCCGUUGGAGGGAGCGGGACGGAGAGCUGAUGUGCGGGCGGAUGACGAUCGAGCGACUAAUAGUAUAUCUAAUAGUGUUGCGGAAUCAGACAGUGCGGACGCAGAGUCAGGUUUCGAAGAAGCCGACCCUGGAGAGGCCGGAAACAACGUUAUCAAGAUGGUCUCAAGAUUUGUGGAUAAGGUGUGCACGGAGGGCGGGGUGACGGCGGAGCACGUGCGCUGCCUGCACCAGAUGGUGCCCGGCGUCGUGCACAUGCACCUGGAGACGCUCGACGCGGUGGCCCGGGAGUCCCGCCGCCUGCCGCCCGUGCACAAGCCCCGAAUAGUGUCUCCAGCUCUAGUAUGUGGGGAGGCGGUAGCUGCGCCUGCGCUCCGAGCCUUAUUAGUGGCUGAUGGUCGAGAGGCACCCUUGUUACCGGCGGAAGGAGCACUGUUCCUGACCAACUAUAGGAUUAUCUUUAAAGGCACACCUGUUGAUCCUUAUGCCUGCGAGCAAAGCGUGGUCCGCGCGUUCCCGGUGUGCGCACUAACGCGCGAAAAGAGCGUACGCACACACGCACACCUCGAGCACGCGUUGCACGACGGAUUGCAAUUGCGAUCAGCAACUGCUCAACUUAUAAAGGUGGUAUUAGACGAAGAAGUGAGCAGCGAGCAAGCGGAAGCGUUCCGCAAGCAAGUGGCCCGUCUCCGGCACCCGCAACACCCGUUGUUACACUUUGCACUGGCACCUAGAGCGGCACCACCGCCGUCGCUAGCGCAGCCCAAACAUCAUACGCUCAAAGGUUUUGCGAAAAAGACGCUAUUAAAAACCGCGCGACGUGCGGGUUUAAAACCGAAACCUUCGAAACGGCAGAAGUACGUGCUGCCGUCCGCUGAUGCGAGAUCGCUGACGUCACCGCCGUUAAUGUCGUCACUGUCGGCUGAUACGUUAUCAUUGGAGGAGCUGGAGCUGGGCAGCAGCGAGAGUGCAGAAGCGCCAGCAGCUCGCACGUUAGAGCGAGUACGCGAGCGGGCGUACGCACGCGACUGGGCUCGCCUCGGCCUCGCCGCCGCGCCCUUCCGCCUCGCGCACGCCAACGCGGUGUACACGCUGUGCCGCAGUUACCCAGCAGUGGUUGCGGUGCCGGAAGUGAUAUCAGACGAGUCCCUGCGGCGGGCGGCGCGUGGGUACCGACAGAAUAGAUUGCCUAUACUUACCUGGAGGCACCCUAGAACUAGGGCAUUAUUGGCCAGGUCAGCGGCAUCCCAUCACAAGGGUGUGAUUGGAAUGCUGAAGGCGAGCAGCCAUCAGACGCCCGCGCCUGCACAAGCUGGCACUGAAUCUACUUCUAGUUUGGAACAGGAGAGAUUUUUGUCAACUCUAGUCAGUCUGACGCCGGCGUCGCGAGGCGAGCUCGAGGACUCGAGCCUCAGCCUCGACUCGCUGCUGCUGUGCUGCGAGGAUCAGCAUCAUACGCCCCUGCUGACCAAAGCUGCGGGGACUUUGGGAGUGCUAGGUAGGAACAGUGGUGGCAAGGGUGGCAAUACUGCCACUGGUGGUAGACACUUCGGAAGGUGGGGCUCGUUGAAGGACAGGAGACAGGCUUCACAUCUGGAACUGUACGCACCUAGGCAGAGGUUGUCUACUGCUGAAAUUGACUCAGCAUCGGGCGAGGCGGGCGGCGUGCGUCGCGCGGCGCUGUACGUGGUGACGGAGAAGGGCGCGGGCGCGGGCUGGCCGGCGGGCGUGGAGCCCGUGCCGGCCGAGUACCCCGACGCGCGCGCCACCAAGCACGCCUUCAAGAAGCUGCUGCGGGCCGCCGCGCCCUCCGCGCCGCCCGCCCCGCCCGCGCCCUCAGAGGAGCCGCCCUUCCACCGGUUAAUAGAAGAGUCCGGGUGGCUGUGGCAGCUGCGGCAGAUCAUGCAGCUGUCGGGAGCCGUGCUGGACCUGCUGGAUGUGCAGGGUUCUUCUGUGCUCAUCUCGCUGGAAGAUGGCUGGGAUGUGUGUGCACAGAUAUCGUCCUUAGCGCAAAUCUGCCUAGACCCCUACUAUAGAACAUUAGACGGGUUCCGUAUCCUAGUUGAAAAGGAAUGGUUAGCGCUCGGUCACAAGUUUCAGCAGAGAUUAAAUAUAGCUGCAACCCCGCAGCAAGGCUUCACACCGACCUUCCUGAUGUUCCUGGAUGCUGUUCAUCAGCUCCAAAAGCAAUUUCCCCUCGCGUUCGAGUUCAACGACUACUACCUUCGUUUCAUCGCGUACCACAGCGUGUCGUGUCGGUUCCGAACGUUCCUCUUCGAUAAUGAAGCACAAAGAGCUGAACUGGGCUUGGCUCCAGAUGAGAGGAGACCGGAUGCUGGCAGAUUGUCGCAGAUGAUGGACUCCACUAGCGGGUGCACGGAGGGCGGUUGUGAGGAGGAAACGCGAGGAGGGCUCGGCGUGUUCGAAUACGCGGAACGAUUGCACCAGCGAUCGCCGAUCUUCUUCAAUUUGCUGUAUGCGCCCGAUUUGGAUAACCCGGUCCUCCGCCCCGUCUGCGCAGUGUCGCGUCUCGAAGUGUGGGAGUACUACGUGAGCGAGGAGCUAGCGCACGGGGCGCCCUACGAGCCCGACCUGUGGCCGGCGGAGCCCGAGCCGAAGCCCAACAGGCGGCUGGUUACUGCCGGAUACGACUCAGUGUCGCGCUGCAUGCCGGACGCGUUCGGCGGGCUGCUGGAGCGGCUGCGGCAGCUGGAGCUGGAGCUGGGCCACCUGCCGCAGAAGUGGCGCGUGCGCUGGGACCAGCUGGAGCUGCCCAACACGCUGGAGCUGCAGAGAGGGGGUUCGGUGUGCGCGGGCGCAGUGCGGCGCGCGACCGCAGCGGCCCACCGGCGCGGCACGCUGGAGGUGCUGGUGCGCGGGCGGCUGGCGGCUGCGCCGGCCGCGCCGCAGCACCGCUGGGCGCCCGCCGCCGCCGCCGCGCCCGCGCGCUGCGACCACUGCCAGGACCUGCUGUGGGGGCCGCUCGAGACGGGCGUGCGGUGCGUGGACUGCGGCGCGGCGUGCCACGAGCGCUGCGCGGACGGGUUCGCGCUCGCCUGCACCAAGUACAAGGCGCCGCCGCAGCCCGACCGCGACGCCAACCUGCCGCCCGCCUCCAGUGUAGCGACUUUGCAGUCGAGUUCGCAGCAGUACUACGAGCAGUUCUCAUCUAACGUGGCAGAGAACCGCACGCACGAGGGGCAUCUGUAUAAGAGAGGCGCAUUACUCAAGGGAUGGAAACAGAGAUGGUUCGUGUUGGACUCAAUAAAACAUCAACUGCGGUACUAUGACGCAAUGGAGGAUUCUCACUGUAAAGGUUUUAUUGACUUGGCGGAAGUGAUAGCGGUAUCGCCGGCAGCGGCGGGUCCUGCGCCGCCCAAGAAGUGUGACGAUCGAUCUUUCUUCGAUUUACGAACGAGCAGACGAACAUACAACUUCUGUGCUAGCGACGCGAACGCUGCGCAGGAGUGGAUCGAGAAGUUGCAAGCGUGUCUGCAGUAGAGACCUCGCUCCUAACUUCACGCAUCACUUGUCCUAGCGUGACACGUCCUAAUCUCUCCUAGCGUGACACGUGUCCUAAUCUCUCCUAACGUGGCACACCGUGUCCUAAUCUCUCCUAGCGUGGCACACCGUGUCCUAAUUCGUCACAAAAAGCUUUACAUUAAACGUCAUUGUAUUUACUUGUUCUCGUUAUUAUAAUAAAGCAUUUUACGGCAUUUUUGGCGACUAUUGUUUUGUGAAGUUUCAACGUAUGUUGGUUGUUGUAGGUAAAUUUGAAUUAUAUGCGAUUUGUAGUACGUACGUUAGUACAAUGAUUGAUUUUGAUUUGUUAUUACAUUGCCAACGAGCUAUAUAGUUUUUUAGGUUGAUUUUUCAAUUGUAUCGUGUUAUCUCAAUAAUUUUAUGAGAUUGUAUUGUACCUUUCGAAUAGUUUGGACGAAAAAGCUGUCUUAAACCAGUGACAAUUAACGCUCACCUAAUGAAAUAAUCACAGCAUUUUAAUUUUUAAUGCAACUAACCCACAAAGAAAGCAGACACAGAAAUGACGGUGACUGAAUAUUUUAUAGUAUUACUGCAAGAAACUAAACGUUCAUCUGGGAGUUUAAUUUGUACCUUAGUUCGUAAUAGUUGACGACAAAUAUAUAAAUAUUAUUGUUACGUUGAAUUUUUGUAAAUAUUUUAUUAAUAAUAAUAAUUCCUAAUUCGUUGUUGUGUAAAGACUUCUGUUCCAUUAUUGAGUUACGUUUUACUUGUAACCGCUAGAGCAUUGAUUUUAUUUUCUUAUAAGUGUAUUUAUGACGGAUUCCAUUAGCAUCACGUUAUUUAUCCUUUAUAUGUGUAAAUACAUAUAUAAAUUACUGACGUAGAAGCGGUCUAUGCAAACAAAACAGCAGUUAAAGCAGUUCCGCGUUAGACAAAGAUGGAAUAUACAUUUAAACCAUUGGCCGAAAAGAGUUAGCAACGUCGACUAAACGCAACCAAGCUAAAUUAGAUCACUUCAAACGGAACGUGUAUUUACCAUUGAGAUAUACAUAUGGAGACCACACCGCCUACAUCACUUAUGUUCCGCUCAACAUACGCCAUAUGGCGUAACUGCACGCUCAUUUUUUAUUAUGCCUUCGUGUGUGUU